AUGACCGACAAGAGAAACCUCGGUGUGCGCCAUAUAUCAGAUUCGAAAGAAAGUCGGAGCAGGACUUCCAAAGUUACACAGAAGAAAAUGAAAACAAAGAGACGAAUGAUCAGACUCAAACAGUCCCAGUCUCCGUCUUAUCACACUUCAUGCCACUUUCGCAAAGAUUUUACAACCCCAAAACACCGACCAAGAAUCAGAUUCAACGGUUGUUACAGUGGAGAUUCGCCUAAUGAGACUGAAUCCCCGCAAGACAUCAUCUGGGAUACCAACUCACCCACUCAAAAUUUGAAUGGACAAGGAGAUGCGAGGGUCAUUGAGAUAUCAGAGAUUGUCAGUAGGAUUGCACCAAAAGUUAAGAAGGCAAAUGAAGGGGACUCAGUGCUCCAGUGGAUUGGAGACGGUGCCAUACCCUGCACUCCAGAGAUCAGACAGCCCAGAGUCAGGAGGAUCUCAGCACGACAGAACAAUGUUGAGGACCUCAUGAAACUUGCCAAGCAGUUUGACAUCAAUAUGACUCGUCAGGACAAAGAGAAACAACAGGAGAGCACAGAAAAAAUAAAUAAAUUCAGUAAGCUACAAAGUGAUGGUACAACCACAACUGAAAGAUCAACAUCUAUCCCAGUCUCGUCAGAACAACUGACCAGCUGCUCAUCUCAAGCCCAUCAGGAAGAGGCGGAGCUUCAGGCGCUGUUUGACGGUCCCGCUCAGCACGUAAGUGGGAGGCUGAGCCCGCCUUCAGUAAACUGCCCACCAGAAAACAAAACUGAAUCUUUAGCUCAGGCAGAACUAACGUCAAGUUCUGCAGCAAUCAAGAACACUCCUGUAGAUGCACCUAAAGCCACAAAGGUGGACUUUGAUGAUGACUGGGAAAAGGAUGAUCUUCUGCAUGACUCGUUUGUGACUCAGAAUGCAGUGCCUUUGAGUGUAGCUCAGAAACCAAGCCCUGCUCAGCCUGAGUCUGUCUCUAGCAAAAGUAAUCUUGUGGCCAAGGUUAAUCCCUCUGUAUCUAAAGGCAGAAGCGUCUGCUUAGAGACUCAACAAAGCACCAGCAAAACCAGCACCUUUACCAAAACACUUCCUGAAGUUAAAACAUCUAAUCAAUGCACUUUUAGGUCAGAGGCGCUGCUUCUGCUCACUGCGCCUGCUUCUGCCCAGAAUCAUACUACUGAAAAGCUGCUAACGACUUCGCCUGUGGACCAAGUAAAGCAGCAAACACAUUCAUCCCAGGAUUCAAGACAAGUUGAGCUCGAUAGAAUGACCAGAGAUUGUGGAGUUUCAAGUACGGCUUCUGCUCAGUUUGAUGGGGUUUCAGAGGAGGACAUGAAGUCUCCGUUUGAUUCCGAUGCUCUGUGGAAUGAAGAAGCCGACGAGGAUCUCCUUUGUCAGGCUCGCGAUGACGUGGAGAAGUUAUCAGCAAGUCAGGAACAGCAAAGACGCAACGAGGAGUACAAAAAAUGUGCACAUGAUAAAUCAAGAAGCUUUGCAUCUAAAGCACCUUCUUCUUCUGCCGCCAUUUGUGCUCAGACCAUGGGCAUCAACAAUAAGGGCCAACCACAAGAACCCACAAAGUCCUCACGCAUCUUUGCCCGCUCGAAUUCAGUACCGUGUCUUAGUGCUCAGCAUUAUGGGCAUACACAAGGGAAAAGUCCCUUAGGACCCAGGCUUGGUUCUGUCAGAGCCACCUCACAGACUGUUAGGCCACACAGUGCAACAGUAGGAAAUGCUUCUAACACCCACCAUUACACCUUCAAAAGACAUCUGUCUGACUCCAUGACGCUAACCAACAAAGGAAUCAUAUAA